AGCGGCAUUUCACUUCCGGGUCAGACUAAAGCACCCUGUCAAAGAGGUGAAAGAAGCAAGUUUAGCUAAAUGUUUCGUUUAUUCUUUGCUUGCAAGAUCGGGAAGCAAACUAGAGUCAAUGUAUGUGGCUGUAGCGCUUGUCGAGAGCUGUGAUGCCCCUGGAGGUCAGAUGGCCCUUCCCACAAUGCCCCUCGUUGGCCUGGAGGCUCUCCAGCUCGCUGGUCAUGGGCAUGGUGGGCUCCUACUCCUACUUUUGGACCAAGUACAUGAACUCCUUGACGGUCCAUAACCGGGAGGUUCUGUUUGAGCUGAUUGACCGGCGGCCUGCGGACACGCCCCUGAUCACGCUGUCCAAUCACCAGUCUUGCAUGGACGACCCUCACAUCUGGGGUGUCCUGAAGCUGAGACACUUGUGGACUUUUAACAAGAUGCGAUGGACCCCCGCAGCGUCGGACAUCUGCUUCACGAGAGAAUUGCACUCUCGCUUCUUCAGCAGAGGGAAGUGCGUUCCUGUCUGCAGAGGGGAUGGCGUUUACCAGAAGGGCAUGGAUUUUGUCCUGGAGAAACUGAACAGAGGGGAGUGGGUCCACAUUUUCCCAGAAGGUAAAAUCAACGCGACUGAAGACUUCCUCAGGUUAAAAUGGGGUGUUGGACGCCUCAUAGCGGAGUGCAGGCUGCAUCCUGUCAUCCUGCCACUGUGGCAUGUGGGUUUGAGCGACGUCCUGCCCAACAUGGCUCCCUACAUUCCUCAAAUCGGCAAGAGAAUCACCGUCCUGGUGGGGAAACCUUUCAGCGUGAAAGACCUGGCAGAAAACCUCCGAGCUGAGAAGAAAAGCCAGGUGACGACACAGUUGUCCUUUCAGGUGGAAACGAGGAAGACCUUGACUGACUUCAUCCAGGUGGAAUUCCAGAGCCUUAAAGUCCGAGCCGAGUCGCUCCACUACCAGAACCAGACCGAGUCCUGAACCGAGGAAACUCUUUUAAAGUUGGAAAUGACAACUUUUUUUAUUCCAGAAGGACCUGAAAGAACUGAACUCUGCUCUCGGAGCCAUGCUGCUUGUGAGCCAGUACCGUGUCUUGUCCUGGUGGACUCAUGCCGGACUCUACUCCGAGGGUGUCCAAAGUGCGGCACAGGGGCCAUUUUGUUUUAAUUGUCCUUUCAGUGUAUUCUAAAAUACAGUUAUUGAUUUAUAAAAACAUCACACCCAUCCCACGCCCCAACUUCUGUACCAUUCAGUUUUUAACAAAAACAUUUGCCAAAAUUGUGCCCUGAUUUGGCACUUGCAACUUUUUUUGGCCCCCUUGUGGCCUACUUUGCAGUCCUCAAUAAAAAUAAAAAUAAAGUACA